AUGGGCUUGUUCGUUGCUAUCCUGUUUCUCUUUGCCCAGAUAGUUCAUGACAACAUGUACGUACACAACCAGGUAUGGGAUCCCUAUCAGAUACUUUGGAAUAACGAUAUUUAUCUAUCUAUCUAUCUAUCUAUCUAUCUAUCUAUCUAUCUAUCUAUCUAUCUCAGUAUCCCCAUUAUCUAUCUAUCUAUCUAUCUAUCUAUCUAUCUAUCUAUUCAUCUAUAUCAGUAUCCCCCUAUCAUUCAUCUAUCUAUCUAUUCAUCUAUCUAUCUAUCUAUCUAUCUAUCUCAGUAUCCCAUUAUCUAUCUAUCUAUUCAUCUAUCUAUCUAUCUAUCUAUCUAUCUAUCUCAGUAUCCCCAUUAUUCAUCUAUCUAUCUAUCUAUCUAUCUAUCUAUCUAUCUAUCUAUAUCUAUCUCAACGUCGGUGGAGAUGACUCGGACAUGUUCUCAGAAACGCCUAAAACUCACUGACCAUGUCGGCCCUCAUCUGGACAUCAAAGCGCAAAAGAAACCACGGCGGACCCAAGGAGACCUGGAUUAA